GCGGCGGCAAAAGCAAACUUUCUCUCUCUCUCCAGCUUCGGCCGGGCCGUCCCGUCGGUGCGUCGAGUUUGUUAAGUAACCAGUCAGUCAGUUUGCACUUGGUGAUCACGAUGGUGAGACUGCAUGUGCGAACCGUCGUCUCGCCGGCCGCGCACACCUGAGCGUCAACACUGCAUCAUUGUGUUUCACAUGUGUUUUGAACAGACUCCUCCAUUUAGUUCCUUUGGAUUUGGUGUCUGAGUGCGACAAAGGGUUUCCCUGUGAUUACAUCUUCUUUCGACAUUGGAACGAAGACAAUAUUCAGGUGUCACCUUUAUGAUCAGCAGUGCGAUUUCGUGACCCCGGUUUAACCCUCUCAUAACCAAGCAUGGUGUUCGCCGUCUCAGUGGUGGUGGGCGCCAUCAAGACCGCGACGGCGCUCGUCGGUGGUGCCUUCUGGUUCCUGCCGACGUUCAUGCUAGCUUUCGCCUACUAUAACUACGAACUUUUCGACCCAGAAAACCGUGUCAUAAACCAGCAACAAUUAAGGACCGAGUAUGAUUUUAUUGUGGUCGGCGGCGGGUCCGCGGGCUCUGUAGUCGCGUCCCGCCUGUCCGAGGUGCCCGAGUGGAAUGUGCUUCUCCUAGAGGCCGGUGGUGACGAAACGGAACUCUCGGACGUGCCAAUUUUGUCUCUGUACCUGCACAAAAGCAAAUUCGACUGGAGGUACCUGACGCAACCCACCGACUCGGCUUGUCUGGCCAUGGAGGGGCACAGGUGCAGUUGGACGCGUGGCAAAGUGCUCGGCGGCUCGUCCGUGCUCAAUACGAUGCUGUACAUCCGCGGCAACAAGCGUGACUUUGACGAGUGGGCGGUGCAGGGCAACCCCGGCUGGAGCUACGAGGAAGUGAUGCCCUACUUCCUUAAGUCCGAGGACCAACGCAACCCAUACCUGGCCAGGUCCAAGUACCACGCGACGGGCGGACCGAUGACGGUGCAGGACGCGCCAUUCAACACGCCUCUCAGCGUUGCCUUCAUCCAGGCAGCGCAGGAGAUGGGCUACGACCACCUGGACAUCAAUGGAAAACAGCAGACGGGAUUUGCAAACUUCCAGUACAACAUGCGCCGAGGCUCGAGGUGCUCGAUGGCCAAGGCCUUCCUCAGGCCGGUCAGGCUGAGGAAGAAUUUGCACGUGGCACUUUGGUCGCACGCAACCAAAGUGCUGAUCGAUCAGCAGACGCACAGGGCCUACGGGGUUCAGUUUUUGCGGAACGGUCACAUUCAGACUGCUUUGGCUAGGAAAGAAGUAAUUCUUACAGCAGGAGCGAUUAAUUCUCCCCAGUUGUUACUUCUCUCCGGCAUCGGACACAAAGAACACGUGAGCCAAAUGGGAAUUCCACCAAUCCAAGACCUGCCUGGCGUGGGCAACAACCUGCAGGACCACAUUGCCAUGGGCGGCCUCGUCUUCAAAAUCGACAAGCCAGUCAGCCUGGUCAUGUCACGCACGGUCAACAUCAACUCAGCCAUGCGUUACGCGUUUUACGGCGACGGGCCUCUAACGUCUAGCAUUGGUAUCGAGACGGUCGGGUUCAUCAACACCAAAUACCAGAAUGUGACAGAGGACUGGCCCGAUGUUGAAUUCAUGAUGACAUCGGCCUCCACCCCAUCAGACGGUGGCUUGCAAACCAGGGUGGCGCACGGAAUCAGAGAGGACUACUACCAAGAGGUGUAUCGCGAGAUCAGCAACCAGGACGUCUUCGGCAUCUUCCCCAUGAUCAUGCGUCCCAAGAGCACCGGUUUUAUCCGACUGAAGAGCAAGAACCCCAAGGACUACCCGCUGAUGUACCACAACUACCUGACGCACCCUGACGACAUCAAAGUGCUGGUGGAAGGGGUGAAGGCGGCCGUGGCCGUCGGCGAGACGCAGACGAUGCGUCGCUUUGGCGCCCGGUUCUAUCGGAAGGCGGUGCCGGGCUGCGAGAAGGUGCCGCUUUACACGGACGCCUACUGGGAGUGCGCCCUGCGCAGGUACACGCUGUCCAUCUACCACUACUCGGGCACGGCAAAGAUGGGUCCGGCGCACGACGCCGAGGCCGUCGUCGACGCCAGGCUCAGGGUUUACGGCGUGCCGGGACUCAGGGUGAUCGACGCCUCCAUCAUGCCCACCAUCACCAGCGGCAACAUCCACGCGCCGGUCGUCAUGAUCGGCGAGAAGGGGGCCGACAUGAUAAAAGAAGACUGGGGCGUCGCCAUAAACUACACAGCGUGGCAUCCCUGAACAGCACGCACGAGUUGCAUGCUUCCGCUCACAUUCUUGUCACUACUUAAUCGCCUUAUUUAUUUCGCUGCUACAUAAGACAAUAUUCAGUGGCCAAAAUUCACCUGUGUGACUGUUCCGUCAAUCUUUCGUAGGAUUUCUACGGUAUAAUCGACUGAGCAAUGUUAGAGAUUUUUUUUCGAAAAUAAUGUAUAUAUAUUUGAUUUUUUACUACGUGCCUAAUUUAAGCAUAAAGCGAAUAGUUUGACUGCCUGAAUGUAGGGCAUACAUAUUUAGUUUUUUUUCAUCACGGUGAAUAAACCGGUAUUUUCGGCACAUCUUUGGCAUGCGCGGCGACCUUGCUUGAGUUGGUUGGAAAUGAUCUUGCCGGCGUGCCCAAUUAAGGGUCAGCGUGCUUUAGCGGCCCAGCGCGAAGAAAGUGCUAUCGCGGAGGAAGUGGUUCGAGUAAAAGUGAAGUACGCUGAAAAAAGUGCCUCGGCUGCGCAUCACGGCGUUCAUUAUCGUACACGCGCGAAUUGAAAUUAAGCAAGUGUAUUUCACUCUCCGCCUUACAAACUAGACUUUCGCUUUUCUCGGCGAGUCAAGUUUUAUGGGGGGCCUUCCUAACCUUUAGAAUGUCGACUCACAUCUCUCACCGCGCUUCAUAGUUACUGCGUUUCCGGUUUUAAGCUUUGAUCUUCAAUAAUUUUAAAAAGUCAAGUGCGACAAUCCAGGAGAGAAAGAUUUUAAGCAUAUAAACUUUUACUUUAGCUGGUUGAAAUUAAUUUGGCCAAGUCUCAGGAAAAAUUAUCUAACAUUUUAAAACUUAAAUAUUUCUCUAAAACUAUUUCUUAUAUAUUAUAAUAAAUCAAUGAGAAAAAUUAGGUCCUGUUCCAUUUUUGCGCUCAAAUUAAAACAUCUGGGACACCUAUUUCUCUUGAACAGUACUUGUCAAAAUUUUGCAACGUGAUUUAUUCAAAGCAAAGACAAUUUGAUCCUGUUGCGAUGAUGAAUGAGAGUUGUAGGAACGAAACAAGCUGAUGAUUGAUAGAUUGAUGCGUUCAGCAGAUGUUUCCAGCCGAACCAACAAAAGGAGUCUAAUUUGCCGUGGAGGUGCCGAGUGUCGAUUUAUUUCAUCUGUUCGCCUGUAUAAAGCAAUGAUGUAAUUUAAACAAACGGCUUUUGAUACAUCUUUCUCGCCAUUAUUGCGGCAAUCCCAAUAACUCACGCUGCUUUUGUUUUCGCGAUAGAUUAAUGUAUGCGCUUUGGAUUAGAAAUGGUUUUUGCUCUGCCCUUGUCACGAUCCAUCACGCUGGCAACACGCACGGCCAAUCAUUUCGCACAAAAUCCAUCUUUCUUGUAUUGAAUAUUUUUUCGAAAUUCAACUGUUUGCCUAUUCAGGUGCAGAAGCAAAAACAGGAGGUGGAAAGAAUCUAAUUGCAAGCGGCGAUGUCGUUAAAGUCUUGUUUUGUUGUGUCGCUGUGAGAAGCAAAUUAGAUCUCUACGAUUUCUCUCAUCAGCGUCCAAUCGACCGACGGACGUGCUCUUUUUCAAUUACAUUCUUUCUCUUCGGCGUCUUCAACAAAACCAUUUCACCUGGUCUCGAUUUAUUUUUUAUUUUUUCGAAAAAACUUCCGCACUAAUGGCGAGAGAAAUUACGCUCUUAAAUCGCAUAUAAAGUAAUCCUGCUGUGAUGAAUAUUAUAAUUAUUUCUAUGCCACUUAAGGAGUUGAAUAACAACGUUCUUUGCUGUUGGUGUGUGUUAGUUGCAGUGAUUUCGUGUGCAUUAGGCUUCCAUUAAGGGAAAAGUUGCAGUGGCGGCAAUAUAUAAUUAAUUACAAAAGUAUACGUAUGAAUGCAUCGCUCGCUUUCAGGCUAGGCGGUGGAUAAUAAUAAUAGUAGCACGUGUUUUGUGUGCGUGGAAUGAUUCCGGGUACUUCCUGCUGCAUUAUGUUACGUGUGUUGUGUUUCUUAGCGUUUCAGACAAAAAUUUUAAGUGCCACGUUGAACAGGUAAUCGCUCACAUACCUCAGAUCCUACUUUGUUACAACGCUAGCGUGUGUAUUAGCAAUAUUGGGAGCAAUUUUAUUAAUAAAAAUGUUAAUUGAAACAAC